GGUGGUCCAGACCCGGACGCGCCAGGGUUUUUGUUGUCACCGGUAGAAGAAGUUCUCAGGUGAUGCUCAGUGUUUAAAAGUCUGACCUCCAUCACCUGUUGUGCAGAAUGAAGGAUCCAUCGCGGGUUUUGUGUGAAAUGGUGGGGAUCUUUUUCAUGGCUGCUGCUUUUCUCACACCACAUGUGUGGGCCCAAGUCAACACGCAGAGCAUUGUGGUGGAGGCGAGGAACAUGACAGUUUCUGAGGGGUCAACAGUCGUUCUGCCAUGUCAUAACCAGAAAAUCGUGUGGCGGCAGGACCAUCUUCGGGACCGGCAACGCGUGGUGCACUGGGACCUGAACCGCAACCGUCCUGAUUACAGAGUUGAGCGUGUUCUAGACAUGUUCUCAGGAGGGACAGAGCGUGUCUAUAACGCCUACAACAAGGGCCGAGUCACUGUCUCAAAAGAAGCAUUUAAUGACGGCAACUUCUCUCUCACCAUCAAUAAUGUUGAUAUGAACGAUAAAGGCACCUAUACUUGCAACCUGCAUCACCAUUACUGCAAGAUCGACAAAUCCAUUCAAAUCCAGUUAAAUGUCACUAAGUCACCGCGUAAGGAGAGGCGCUUUUUUGAUGGGGAGAAGUCUGUGUUUGUAGUGUUGGAGGGCAGCAGCGUGGUCUUGCCCUGCAUAAACCGACACCCUCUUUGGAGGGGAGGGCUCCAAGAGGACCGGCAGCAGGUUGUGCACUGGGACUUUCAGGGUCCGGGUGUGAGGCGUGACCAGGCAGAUCGGCUUCUUGAUCUGUACGCCUCUGGAGAGAAGCGGGAGUACAGGCCACUGUACCUCAGCAAGAUGCACAUCUCAAGUGAUGCCUUCAGCAUGGGUGACUUCUCCCUCACAAUUAAUGACAUCCAACCAUCUGAUAAAGGUCUAUACUCCUGCCACCUGCACCACCACUACUGCGGCCUGCACGAGAGACGCAUCUUCCGUGUGAUCGUGGGGCCUCCUGUGCUGCCUGUAGCUGCCCCUACCGAGGCUCUGACCACUCAACCUGCUCAUACUGAAACCACACAAACCCCACAAGUCAUGGAUAAUGACCGUGAUAUAAACAAGGUGGAAGCCUCACAUGUGUUUAACGUCAUCCUGCCUGAGAGCCAGUCUCACCUCAUACACCAGGCUGGUUACAUCCUGGCUUUCUUCCUGCUGCUACUGCUCAUGCUCAUAGGAAUCAUCAUGACCACAAGACACUGCAAAAAGAAAGGGCUGGAGUACGACAUUCGGAGGGCUGACCGGAGUCACAGGAUGGAAAUUGAAAUGCAAGCUACUGAACUGAGACCCUUCAAUCAAGAAGUCCAGCUUGACUACAAGAACAACAUAAUGAAAGAGAGGGUGGAGAUGAACAACUAUUGUGCCCCGAAAGAGAUCGAUCUCAACAGAGAAAUGGAGAAAUUUUCACGGAAGUAACUGAUAGCAGGCUGCUGGCUGGUCCAGGGCAUGCUCUACAGGAUUCAGGAAAACUACAGGAGUACACAAUGGAGCUUUACUGUACAGUUAACAGGAGAAGUCUAAACACCCACAUGCUUGUAGUCUGUCUGUUUGUAAUGUAAAGAAUCGCAGUGAUCUGUGCAAAAAAACGUUUUCCUUGAAGUCGACAUCAUUUGUGUAGUGUCAUUUAAAGGUCAGUAGUCGAUGUUUAAUGGUAUAAAUAUAGUGUGCUAUGAUUGUAAUCUGUUAUAACAAGUGAAAACAAAUGCAAUGAAAGCAAUAAGGUAAAUCGAUACUGAUGGCAGUUUCAUCAACAGUUUCGCCCUGCUAACCUGAGCUCACCUGAUGGAACGUUCUAGAAGAAAAGCAUUGACUGCUUUUACUGAAAUGAAAUGUGUCUGAGCAAGUCUGAUUAAGAAACACUCAGGAAGUUAACUAUUUGUGGUUCCAGGGCUAUAUGUACUUAUGUAAGUGGAAUGAACUUCUCAUGUCUCCUUCAUAUGUGUACAUAAAUAUUUUGUGUAUUUUUAUGCUAUUUUCCAGGCAUUUGGUAGCCUGUCUUUAUUUAGUUUUAUUGUUUAUGCGCACAGCACUAUGCAAUUUUGUUAUCCUGCCACAUGAGCUAGACACACAGAGAGAACUGUCGUUCUAUUUUCUAAUUAGGCCUAGAAAUGUGCAUUACGCGUACUUGAGGAAGCUAUGUAUCUUUAGACUGCAUUUAUUACAUUUAUUUUCUCUUAGUAUGGCCCAGGUUUGCAAUGAUGAUCUCAUACGACGCUGAUCUUUAUGACUCAGUUUUGGGCUUUUGAGAAACAAUACACUGACUCAUAAGGUCUUAGGUGACAUUACAGCUUUAUUACGCAGUGCUUUUAGGAAACAGCAUUGAAACUGAAAUGGCUGCAAACAAGCAGAGCAGAUUCUACUGGUAUGAUGGGCUUUGUACAAAACAUGGCAUUCGAAUUUAAUAAACUACAUUUUUUGAAGGAA